UGCCCCAGUGUUUGUAUGUGCCAGACUGGAGACUGCGGCGCACAGCUCAGCGCGCAAAUGUAUUUUCUAAUGUUUAUAAACUUUUUUGCUCUGGUUUUGUUUCAAAAACUACUGUUUUUUUGAGUCAACGGGUCACGAAUCCUGGCGACGUCGCGAAUACGGAUAAACUUGAAAGUGAAGAAUGGUCCUGAGCCAGAUGGAUGCCGGUAAAGCUUUGACGGCGGCGGCAGCCAAAGGAAACACGAGCGAGGUGCAGAGGAUGCUGGACGAAUGCCGGGUACAUCCUGACACUCGCAAUGAAUUUGGCAGGACCGCUCUUCAGGUCAUGAUGAUGGGAAACCCCAAGGUUGCCUGUCUGCUGUUACAAAAAGGAGCAAACCCCAACCUCCAGGACAAACACGGGAUCUCACCAGCCCAUGAUGCCGCUCGCACAGGUUUUCUGGACACACUGCGGGUGCUGGUGGAGCAUGGGGCUUCUGUCAACGUAGCAGACAAUAAUGGAGCCUUGCCUAUACACAUUGCUAUUCGUGAAGGCCAUCGAGACGUGGUGACGUUUCUUGCGCCUCGGUCUGACUUGAAGCAUGCCAACAACAGCGGGCAGACAGCAGUAGAUGUAGCCAGAGCCUCCCGUGUGCCUGACAUGGUAGAUCUACUCUUUGCUCAUAUCCACAAUUAGCCCUCAAACUUACAUGCGCAUCCUGGUGACUUGAAUUAAUUGCUGUGUUUUUGUUAAUAGUGGCUCAGCGUUAAUAUGUGACAGAACAUAUUAUCUUGGCAGCUUAUUUUCAGUGGAUGGUGGCUACAGUGGACACCUCUUUUGCACAGUGCAAUUUAGGCACCUUAUACAUUUCCCUAGCACAUGGGAGAGCACAUUUGUAGAUAGUUGUUGUGUAGUAUUACUAUUGUGUAACAGUUAAUCCAUUGUGUUUUUACAUUUUGACAAAACUUGACAUGGUGUGCACAAUUGCUUUGCAUAGUUGUUACUCUGAACUAGACAUAUCUUAACUUUACCAAUAUUUAUUUGUGGAAUAGAUUAAAUAUUCC